CCUCCGCCUGCCGGCUCGCCCGCAGCGCAGCGCACACAGCCGGGCCGGCAGCCGGCACCAGGGCCGGGGAUGCGGAGGCGCCGCUGCUGCUGCUGCUGGGGCCCGGCGGCGCUGCUGCUGCUGCUCCCGCUGGGGCUGGGCAGCCUGCUCGCCGCCAAAGUGAAUAAACACAAACCCUGGAUUGAGACGUCGUACCAUGGAAUCAUAACUGAAAACAACGACACUGUGAUUCUGGACCCUCCCCUGGUUGCUUUGGAUAAAGAUGCACCCGUUCCCUUUGCAGGUGAAAUUUGUGCUUUUAAAAUCCAUGGGCAAGAAAUGCCCUUUGAGGCCAUUGUGCUGAACAAGACAUCUGGAGAAGGUCAGCUUCGAGCAAAGAGUCCCAUUGACUGUGAGCUGCAGAAGGAAUACACUUUCAUCAUCCAGGCCUAUGACUGUGGAUCAGGACCAGGUGGAACAAACUGGAAGAAAUCUCACAAGGCAGUAGUCCAUAUCCAGGUAAAGGAUGUCAACGAAUUCUCCCCAGCAUUCAAGGAGAGCAUGUACAAGGCCUCAGUGACAGAGGGGAAGAUCUAUGACAGCAUUCUGCAGGUGGAAGCCACAGACGAGGAUUGCUCCCCCCAGUACAGCCAGAUCUGCAACUACGAGAUUGUCACCACAGAUGUUCCCUUUGCCAUCGACAGGAACGGUAACAUCAGGAACACCGAGAAACUGAGCUAUGAUAAACAGCACCAGUAUGAGAUAAUGGUCACAGCUUUUGACUGUGGGCAAAAGCACGCAACAGAAGAUGUCUUGGUACGAGUCAAUGUCAAACCCGUGUGCAAACCAGGCUGGCAAGACUGGAACAAACGGAUUGAAUACAGGCCUGGCUCUGGCAGCAUACCCUUGUUUCCCAGCAUCCAGCUAGAAACGUGUGAUGGACCAGUGUCCUCAAUCCACACCACCAUUGAACUGCAGACCAAUUACAUCGGAAAGGGCUGUGAUCGUGAAACCUACUCUGAAAAAUCACUGCAGAAAUUAUGUGGAGCUUCCUCAGGUGCCAUUGACCUGCUACCAUCUCCCAGUACAACAACCAACUGGACAGCUGGGCUCCUCAUGGAUAACAAUGACAUGAUUUUUAAAUUUGAUGGAAAGCAAGGAGCCAAAAUCCCAGAUGGAAUAGUCCCGAAAAAUUUAACUGAUCAAUUCACCAUCACUCUGUGGAUGAAACAUGGACCUAGUCCUGGAUUAAGAGCUGAGAAGGAGACUAUUCUCUGCAACUCUGACAAGACAGAGAUGAACCGGCACCACUACGCGCUCUACGUGCACAACUGCCGCCUCGUGUUCCUGCUGCGCAAGGACUUCGACCAGGCCGACACCUUCCGCCCCGCCGAGUUCCACUGGAAGCUCGACCAGAUCUGUGACAAGGAGUGGCACUACUACGUGGUCAACGUGGAGUUCCCCGUGGUGACGCUGUACAUGGACGGGACAACGUACGAGCCGUACCUGGUGACCAACGACUGGCCCAUCCACCCCUCCCACAUCGCCAUGCAGCUCACAGUAGGGGCUUGCUGGCAAGGAGGUGAAGUCACCAAGCCCAGGUUUGCUCAGUAUUUCCAUGGCAGCCUGGCCAGUCUGACAAUACGGCCAGGGAAAAUUGAGAGUCAGAAAGUGAUUUCCUGUUUGCAGGCCUGCAAGGAAGGUCUCGAUAUUAAUUCUCUUGAGAGUCUUGGCCAAGGAAUAAAGUAUCACUUCAAUCCUUCCCAGUCAGUCCUUGUCAUGGAAGGAGAUGACGUUGAGAAUAUAAAUCAAGCCCUCCAAAAGGUCUCAUACAUCAACUCCAGACAGUUUCCGACUGCAGGCGUACGACGUCUCAAAGUCUCAUCUAAAGUCCAAUGUUUUGGUGAAGAUACCUGCAUUAGUAUCCCAGAUAUAGAUGCCUAUGUAAUGGUAUUUCAGGCCAAUGAGCCCAAGAUUACCAUAACUGGGAUGGACCACUUUGCUAGACCAGCUGCACAGUUUGAAAGUGAAAGAGGUGUUAUUUUGUUACCUGACAUCAGGAUUGUCAGCACAGUCACUAAAAUGGAGCAUUCAGUGGACUUAAGAGAACAUGACAGAGCCAAUAAACAAGUGGUAGUAGAGGAAAUGCUCCACAACUUGGAUUUCUGUGAUGUUUUGGUCAUUGGUGCAGAACUAGACCCUGAACAAGAGUGUUUAGAACUAGAUCAUGGAGAGCUUCAAGGAAAACAUCUAGAUGCCACAAAUUCCACUGCCGGAUAUUCAAUCUAUGGUGUGGACAGCAUGUUCAGCUACGAGCAGGUGCUGCGGCAGCUCCGCUACCGCAACUGGGGCACCUCGGCCACCUCGGACAGGAAGUUCAGGGUCAAGUGCUCCGAGCUCAAUGGGCGCUACACCAGCAAUGAAUUCAACCUGGAGGUUAAUAUUCUACACAGUUCCAACUCCAACUUCAUGGACCAUGUAAAUCACAUUAUAUUCCAGCCCAAAUUUCUGCAAUCUGUUCAGCACCCUGAAGGGAGUGUAAGUGCAGUUCACAGCUCAGUGGUUCCCAGCGUGGCCACGAUCGUUAUCAUCAUCUGUGUGAGCAUCCUGGUGUUGGUGGUAACGCUGGGUGUGUUCCGGCUCCGCUCAGCCCGUCAGCACGGCUCCAUGGGGCACGAGGGAACCAAGGAGAACGAGAUGGACUGGGAUGACUCUGCUCUCACCAUCACCGUCAACCCCAUGGAGAAAUAUGAAAAGCCACACCAGACAGAAGAGGAGAGUGAAGAAGAAGACAUAGAUGAUGAAGAGGAAGACACAACCAGUGCUGAAUCAGAUGACAGUGAAGAGGGUGAAGAGGAGGAAGAGGAGGAAGAGGAGGAAGAGGAGGAAGUGAUUGUCCAAAAGGGAGACAAACAGAAUGCCACUAGGCAAGAGCAGUUGGAGUGGGAUGAUUCAACACUCCCCUAAUAACAAACAGCCCUCCAGCCACAGCUCUUUUGUAAAAACCAAUACAGUGUUUUUUCAGAGUCUAUGAAUUCAUUGACAGGAUUUGAACUUCUGCUUGCCUAUAACUGUUUUGCCUAAAAUGAUCUUGUUGUAGUAAUUGAUAAUGAUAGAACUGACCUUUUUCUUACAAAGCCUGGGGAAAACGUGGUACAAACGUCCUGGCACAUGCAGUAAUAAAGUAAUCCAGAACCUGAUUUGUUAGCAAGCAUAGUUCUCAAUUUCCUGUUUCUACCCUGCAGAUGUGUGACAAAAGUCCUGUCACUCAAUCCAUACAAGUUUUUGCCUUUACUACUUUUUUUCACACAGGAGAGAUUUCAGCUUGUUAUGUAGAAGAACUUCUGUGGGUCCAAAUACCAGUUGCCAUAUAACUUCACAUUUUUACAGGUGUAAAAAACCAAAAUCCACCUUCAGACUGGGGCAGGGCUUUAGUGCUACAGGGGCUAAAUUCCAUCUGUCAUCUCAUCCUGCCUUUUGGAUGUUAACUGUCUUCUGCAAGGGAAUAUCUAAGACUUGACAGGUGAUGCAUGUGUGCUUAUGUAGACGUGGAUGGUGUAUUUUUUCAGGCAUGCUGUCAGACCCUCAAGAGAGGGAUUUUUAUCAAAUCUACCAAUAGAAAUUAAAAACAAGCUUAAGAAAAACAGCAGCAAGAAAGGGCUGAUGAAGGUUACAAAAAAAUCCCCCAGUCUGUGUCCACAGAUUGAGUAAUAUGGUCAUAUGCAAACUGUAAAUUCUAAUGGGAUUUAUUCACUGAAAAUCUGUAGAGCUGCUCAUUAGUUAUGGAUUGAGCAAUUUGCAGCAAAUCAAUGCUUUAAACUGUCUGUCUCAUGGAACCAUUAGCUUGCUGCAGCAUCUUACUGAACUAGUGGAAAAUAAGUGACCCCGUUAUUCCAUAGCUAUGUAUGGCUGGGAUUUAAACAAUUAUUUUAGAUGAGGAAAACGUUCCCUUUUGCUUAGUGAAUGCCAGCUGGAAUUCCUGUCUGACUCUAUUCUAUAAAAACAUGAUGCCCUAUUUCUUCUGUACGCCUGCCUGCCUGUAGUGCACAAGAGAAAGGAACAACACUGUGAGCCCUCUUCUGUGCUCAUAAUUCUCCCUUAUUUCUUCUGCCUGAAGCCAUUAAUAUUGAGAGAAGGCUUUAUAAAGUAGACAAGGAAAAAUAAAACCUACUUGGAGCCAAAAUAGUUGAAAACAAAAACUAAAAUCUUAAGAGGUUGAGAGAGCAUUUUAGUUUGUUAUGGUAACACAGCAUAUUUUUCUUAAACACUGUUUAAAAAGAAAAAAAAAAAAAAGGAAAAAGCAGAGCUACAUAUACAAUGUGUUGAUUAAUCUGUGUGGUGUGUUUUUUGUCCCCUUUUCCUUAAGUACCUUUCAACUGCUUUGCUUACCAAAUGCUGCAGCACUUGCUGGGGUAGCUGCUCCAAUGCAUAGAAAGGAAAUGGCAUGGAAGUGAAUGCUGCUUAGUGGCUUGUCUGGGUUAUUUUCCUGCGUACUUUGUUUUCUUUGCAAUUUCAUCUUUGACUUUGGCUUUUGUAAUCUGGUGUUUACAAUGAGCUGCUUCCUCUUCUCCACUCUCCCAGUCAGUCUUGCCACAACAGGACUUUCCUGAACACCCUGAAUGGUGGCUGAUGUUGCAAAGGGUACUUGGAGUAAUCUUAAGGGUACCCACCUCCCUCAGUACUGACUUAUUGACAGGUCCUGAAUGUCGUGGGAUAUAGGGAAUAUAUAGUGUGCUUGGGGGUUCUUGUAAUUCCAUUUUCUGCAUUUAGUAGCUUAAGGGAAAUGCUGACAGCAACUAGGCCCUUUAGUUGAAUAUCUAGAAAGUAAAUGAAAGAGGAAUAUAUAUUAAUUUUUAAAUUAGAGAUAUUCAUGCUUUUAUUUGUUGUGCCAGCAAUCACAUUGUCACAUGGCUGUUAAGAUUGGCAAUACAGCAGUUUUCUUUUGUUAUCAAUCCUGUUUCAUUUUAUUCUCUCACACAUAGAAGAAUUUGUGCAGAAUCAAGGCCACAUAAGUACAAAAUGUUAUGUUAGAUCAGUUUCUAACAUCCUAGUAUCCUAGAUAAUUUCCCAGUUUUAAUUUUUUAGUGACAUGAAGCAGGCUCUUCAUGAUGCUUGUUAUCAGCACAUAUCAGCAAAUCUUUCUGCUCAGAAAAAAAAAAUUCAAAAUUAAAUGUAGAUAUUUAAAAGUCAAUUUCAGAUUUAAAACUGGACUUAAAUUAUUUUAAAGUUUCUGUUAUUCCUGAUUAUUAUAAUUAUUGUUGUUGUUGUUGUUGCUGCUAUCAUAGCAAAUAUUAGGGCAACUUGAAAACAGCAAUUUACAACCUUAUUGACAGACUUUAAUUCUUUUAUAUGUUUGUGAAUUCAUCAGUGUGUUUCUCCAUCUAAUAGACUUUUACCUUUUUGCUACUGGAAGCAGAUCUUUUCAGGUUGUACUCAUACAUUACACAAAAAGGAAACAAAGUAUUUUCUCUACUGUAAAUAAAUCUACAUUUUUAAAUCUAAGCAAAGUCAUACAGGCAUGUGUGUUAUCACUAAAACUUGGUUUGCAGUAAGAUAUUCAGCAAACUAAAAUGUAUCACUGUACUUAUUUUAGAUUACUCAUUGGAGUGCAUUAUGCAGCAUUUUUUCAUUCAAAUAAAUAGAAACAUCCUUUUCCAGAAUGGCAGUGAGAAUGAGGUACUUCUUCACAAAAUGGGCCCUAGAAUAUUUGUAUAGGACUGAGAGCAGUGGUUUCCUGAGCAAAACUACUACUAGAAAAUCACAGAGAUAUCAAUUUUUCUAAAACAAUUCUAACAAUAUUGCCUCCCCUCCAGAAAUUAUUUUUUGAUAUAUCCUACUUGCUUAUAAACCAACCAGAACAUAUACACACAUAUGUACAUAAAGACACACAUGUGGGAGAGUUUUGCCCCUAAUCAAAAGCCAAAAUUCUCUCCUUUUCCCCCUGAAAAAAAGUGUUUAGAACUGUAAAACCAUUCAGGUUGGAAAAGACCUCUAAGAUCAUUGAGCACUGCCAAGCCCCCUGCUAACAUGUCCCCAGGUCUCCCAUUCACACGUCCUGGAAUUGCCCCAGGGAUGGUGACUGUGCACUGCCCUGGACAGCCUCUUCCAAUACCUUUCAUCCUUUCAAUGAGGAAAUUUUCCCCAGUAUGCAAUCUUAACCUUCCCAGCACACUUUGAGGCUGUUUGCCCUUGUCCUAUCACUUGUUACUUGCGAGGAGAAGCCAACUCCACCUGGCUGCAGACUCAUCUCAGGGAGUUGGAGAGAGUGAAAAGGCCCCUCCUGAGACUUCUUUUCUGCAGGCUGAGCCCCCCCAGCUCCCUCAGCUGCUUCUCAUCAGCAUGGUGCUCCAACCCCUCCCCAGCUCUGCUCUCUUCCAAGGACUCACUGCAGCCCCUCAGGGUCUCUCUUGUGCUGAGGUGGCUUUUUUACAUUAGCAAUAAACAAGUCUAUCCAAAGAAAGCAGUUCUGAAGAGGUACCCACAAUCCAUGGCACCAGGAAUUCAGAGGUGACAACAGAGGUCUAAAAUGACUUCACAUCAAUGAUCCCUUAAAUUUUUGGAGUUCUAAUCUGAGGCUGGGAAAAGCUGUAAAACCUACAAAUGCAAAUUGAGGAUGUUGUCUGAAUUAAAAUGCAUGCUUAAGUGACUAUAUGUGAUUAAUAGCUCCCAUUUCUCUUUCAUUUCUACCCCCUCCACAGGUAUUUUAUCUUUGCAAGUAAACCUUAAAAAUGCGCAGUUGAGAUUAAUAUCAAUAUUUACUGCAUUGGCUUACACAUCUAGAAAUAGACGUAGGAUUUGUGACAUCUUUAAUACUAAUGAAAAUAAACUGUUGCAGUGGU